CCUCCCGGAACCGCGGGCUGCCCCUGCCUUCGGCCAAUAGCAAACGUGGCCGCGACCGCGGGUUCUUCCGGUGGGGCGUGAGGUCAAGGGUCACACAAGAUGGCGGCGCCCAGGAGCCGCUGAGGCGUGAAGCGGAGGAUGGCGUUGACGACGCUGGCGUCGGGGGCUCGGCUGGCACGGCGGCUGAGCGGGCCCGGGCUGGUGCGAGGGCACUGGACGGCUGCCAGGCGCUCGCGGAGCAGGCGCGAGGCGGCGGAGGCCGAGGCGGACGCGCCCGUGUUCCAGUACGUGGGCGAGCGCGCGGCCCGGGUCGACCGCAUCUUCGUGUGGGGAUUCAGCUUCUCGGGGGCCCUGGGCGUGCCCACCUUUGUGCUGCCCGGCUCCGGACCCCAGCCCCGCGCCGGCUCGCGGUCGCGCCGCAGGAUCCAGCCCGUGCCCUACCGCCUGGAGCUGGAUCAAAAGAUUUCAUCUGCUGCCUGUGGCUAUGGAUUCACAUUGCUGUCCUCUAAAACCAAAGAUGUUACAAAAGUUUGGGGUAUGGGACUCAACAAAGAUUCUCAGCUUGGAUUUCACAGGAGCCGGAAAGAUAAAACUAGAGGCUACGAGUAUGUUUUGGAGCCCUCUCCCGUCCCACUGCCUCUGGACAAACCUCAGGAGACAAAGGUGCUGCAGGUCUCCUGUGGCAGAGCACACUCUCUCGUCCUGACAGACAGCGAAGGAGUUUUCAGCAUGGGAAACAACUCUUAUGGGCAAUGUGGAAGAAAGGUGGUAGAAAAUGAAAUUUACAGCGAAAGUCACAAAAUCCAUAGAAUGCAGGACUUCGAUGGACAGGUGGUCCAGGUCGCCUGUGGUCAGGAUCAUAGUCUGUUCCUAACGGAUAAAGGAGAAGUCUAUUCUUGUGGAUGGGGCGCCGAUGGGCAAACAGGUCUGGGUCACUACAAUAUCACCAGUGAACCCACCAAGCUGGGUGGAGACCUUGCUGGAGUGAGCGUGGUCCAGGUCACCACCUACGGAGAUUGCUGUCUGGCUGUGUCUGCUGAUGGAGGCCUCUUUGGUUGGGGAAACUCUGAGUACCUGCAGCUGGCCUCUGUCACAGACUCCACACAGGUGAACGUCCCCCGGUGCUUACCCUUCUCAGCAGUGGGCAAGGUAAAAGAAGCUGCGUGUGGUGGUACAGGCUGUGCGGUGUUAAAUGGAAAAGGACAUGUUUUUGUCUGGGGCUAUGGAAUUCUUGGGAAAGGACCAAACCUAGUGGAAACUGCUCUUCCAGAAAUGAUUCCACCCACUCUCUUUGGCUUGACGGAGUUCAAUCCAGAAGUCCAGGUUUCCCGCAUUCGAUGUGGACUCAGCCACUUUGCUGCACUUACCAACAAAGGAGAGUUGUUUGUGUGGGGCAAGAACAUCCGAGGGUGCCUGGGAAUUGGUCGCCUGGAAGACCAGUUUUUCCCCUGGAGGGUAAGGCUGGAUUGGAUGGGUUUGCAGACGUGCUUAGAGAGCACGUUCACCUGCUGUAGCAGUGGGUGCCCAGUGUGCAGUUGGCUGGGUUGAGGCUCACAGGACCCACUUCCAUUGGGAUCCUGGCUGCCCUCCUCCCACAGCAGUACAUUCUGCGGAGGCAUCAGUGAGACGCGUGAAGAGCAGUGAUGGAUGGAGCAAGCCCCCAGCCCCGCCCCAGGCUCCCAGCUGCAGACUCACUGCCCCUGAGUCCAGUGGUGGGUCAGCUCACUCCUGGCUCUGCAGAGUGAGAGGUUGGUGGGAGGGACCUACACAAGUGUUCCAGUCCCUGUAAGAAGCCCUAUCAGAGGCCGUCCUCGGGAACAUGGAGCAGGGAAACAAAGGCACAUGGUUGCAUCAGAGAGCAAGCUCCAGGCAGGGCGGGCGAGGCUCCAGAGACGCUCUGGGAGGGCGAUGCUUGAAGGAGUCGGCAUGCUGGGGGCUGUUUAUGGAUGCCCAUGUAGUGGGAUGCUUUAUAAUGAAUUUAGAAGAGAACAGGAUGGGGCCGGCCUGGUGGC